UUUUUUUUACAAUUUCUUUCACUUUCUUGUUUGUUGUUAGCUGGAUAACAACAGGUGAUUUUUGCUAUUUUUAUUUUGUUUUCCUCGUCUUCUCUUUUGAGUAAUUGCUUGGAUAUAUUUGAUUUAGGUGUUGUAGAUGGAAGAGGAUGAGGAUGAGGAAGACGACGAUCUAUGCUUCAUCUAUCUGACUUAUUCCUUAUAAUCACAUUUUUAAACAUGAGCUUUAGAGAGAAGCGAGAGAUAAAGUCGCUUUUAGUGAAAUUUGGUGCGGCUUUGGCCAUUUCUCUUGCUGGAUUUCUUUAUUCUCGCUUCAGAAAUACGCCUCGCUCUCCAGGCCGUGGUAAGAAAAUCGAAUCACGAGGAAUAUCUCAGCAUGUGGGUGAUUCUCAUGCCUCUUCUUCCCUUUCAACCAGAACGUUGGAGGAAGAGGCAUAUACGGAGAAGACUAUCAUUGACGAAUCUAAGCCUGGUCUUUCUCCUAGGAGUAGAUACAAUGGGAAUGAAGAUGGGGUUCUCUUGCCUGAUUUCAAUGAUCUCGUGAAGGAAUUUGACCUGGUUGCCACUUCUGCUGGGUAUUCUCUUAAGAAUGCCAUUGAACCACCAGCAACAGAUUCAAGUAUUCCUAAAGCCUUGGCCAGCAAUGAAAAGAGUGACUAUGAGCAAGAGAUUAGGUACCUAAGAAACAUGGUUAGAAUUCUUGAAGAGAGGGAGCGUUACCUUGAGGUCCGGUUGGUUGAGUACUAUGGGCUCAAGGAGCAGGAAACAGCUGUAAUAGAACUCCAGAACAGAUUGAAAAAGAACAACAUGGAAGCAAAACUUCUCACCUUUAAAAUUGAAUCAUUACAGGCAGAUAACCAAAAACUAGAGGCAGAACUGGCUGAUCAGCAAAAAAUUGUGGCAGAGCUUACUGCUGCAAGAUCAAAAGUUAGACUGCUGAAGAAGAAACUAAGGUCUGAAGCUCAAGAAAACAAGGAGCAGAUCCUUUCUCUUCAGAAAAGAGUUGCGAGAUUAUACGAGCUGCGGAAUUAUCAACCUGAUUCCGGUAAAACAGUUGCUAGAGACCUAAUCAAAACCUUGAGCCCCAAAUCUGAGGAAAAAGCCAAGCAGCUCAUUCUUGAAUACGCACAAACAGAAGGGCUUGAUGAAAAGGGACUUAACCUUAUGAAUUUUGAUUCUGACCAAUGGUCAUCCUCUCAAACUUCCUUUACAGACUCGGGUGACUUAUACGAGUCUUCUGUUGAUAAUUCAUCUGCUACCAAAACCAACACCACUAACACCACCAACACCUCCAGCAGAAAGAAGUUUCUAUACAAGCUUAGGAGACUAAUACAGGGAAAGCAUAAACACCAGCAUAACCAAAAUUCACCUGCUCAAAAAUCAGGAUCUUCGGAAGAUUGGGAUUCUCCUGGAUGCAGUUUGAGCACGGGGGUUGAAGCCAUCACCGAGUUGCAAACCGACACAGCUGCGCAUCAACGUCAGCUUACAUCCAGACAUUCUUUGGACAUCCAACAGUUGAGGAGCCUCAAGUUUGUUGAUGUUGGGGAUGUUGAACCUGUUAGAAGAAAUAGUGAUGUUGGUAGAGAAGGCUCCAACGAUUUGUCAGCAGAAAAUCAACUUGAACCGGAUACCGAUUCCGCUGGAAAAUCUGACUUGAUCAAAUUUGCUGAAGCUUUGAAGGGCUCCCGUCGUAGCAAAAUGUGGUUUAGAAAGUCAGCAUCCUGCAAUUUUGAUUAACAUUUUUCUUUUGUGGCUCCUGCUUGUACAUACAUACACGGAUCUACUAGUCAUCAGUUAGUGCAAUGUAAAGUAUUGAUUAGAAGCAAGAUUGCAAAAGCAAUUUUAUAUACACUCAGCUUGAUUUUAGUUCGAAUUAUUAGUGCUUGAUUUUAGUUCA